CGUUAGCGGACGGUUGACAAGUGUUAAUGUAUGACGCCUCUAAAAUAAUAAGUUAAUGUGGCGUUUUACUUUCAUCAGGUUCCCUAAGAAAUAACAACUCAUUAAAACCAGAAAGCAUGGUAGAUAUUGAAGUUCAGUUUGAGGACCAGCUCACCUCAGACUCUCCGCCAGGAAUUCAUGCGGUCGGCGGCCUGCAGGAGGACAUGAGCGCUGAGAGGGAGCCCGACUGCACGGACAGUCUUCAAAACACCAGACAAGGAGAUGUACAUUCAUUAGAGGUGGAGGAGCCACUGUCGUUGUCGUCUGUCCUUGCUCUUGCGCCACUCUGUGGUGAUCAUGCGGCGUGCAACUGUGACUGUGAGUCCUGCAGCUGCCCAGAGAUCAGAUGGAUGGAGAGGAGCCUCCAGUCCAUGGAGCUGCAGCUCCAGUUCCUCAUGAGCAAAGCAGAUGACUUACACGAAUGCCUUGUCAAUGGACAGGGUCAUCUAGAGAGAGAGGCUCUUGCUGCUGCAGUGCCAGGCUUCCUGUACACCUGUCAGCCUUAUUUUAACCACCUGGAAUCCACGAAUACUGUGUCCCAGCACAUCCCUCUGCCUUUUGACAUCUACACAAGGCGCUUGCAGCUGUUGGACUUCUCUCAGCAGCUGUGUGACAGGUUGGAACAACUGGUGUUGACUUACGCCAGCUAUAAUCUCCUCUGUUUGGACGAGACCAAGCCUAACAGUGUUUCUCACUUCUGCAUCGGUCAGAGUCAGCUCGGCCCACUGAGGGUGACCACGUUCCGCUACUGUAAACCCACGCCGUACCUGGCCCGGGUCGACACCGGCCUGUACAAACGCAUGCGCUGGAACGUGGAGAGCCUCAGAGACGAAUGGCAGACAGAUGAAGAGAGUGUAGAGAAGGAGACAGACACAGAGUAUUACUUCCUGUGCUACGAGGACAUUCCCAACGCACAUGCAGAGACUGGCGGGGAUAGCCAAGGCGUGUCUCACGGUAACAUGGUGAGGAUGUGGUCCAUCGGUCAGUGGGUGCAGGUGACCCCCGUCACAGAGGACCUCUAUGACUGGAUCAAGUGUGAGGUUCCUACAGCCAGCUAUCACAGGCUGCUGUUUCUAGGCAGCAAUGAGCCGUCUAGCUGCAGUGCUACAGAAUACCUGCAGCAGCUGCUGUUGUCACGCCAGACAGCCGAGUGACGACAUCUGUCCCUGAGAUGCACCAUUUUUUUUUAUGGUUGGUCGCUUAAUAUGAAAAGAGACCGGGUCAACUUAGAUUCAGAUUUCAGCCAGAGGUUUUUCCACAUUUAAAUACUUACAAAUUCUGCUGUCACAAUACGUGACCAGUGUUGGCGUUAUGUAAAAAAUUGUUUUAUGCUGUGACAAGUCUGUUUAACUCUGUUUGCUGUACACUAUUGUUACUUUAUUUUGUUCAGUAUGUUCAACAAUGUUGAACAUUUUUUAUAAAUAUUUGUUACAUGUUUUACAACUGUUCACACAUUACGAGCCUUUUGUUGUGUUGUAAAGAAGUCUAUAAGCGUUAUUUA